AUGUCCCGCCGCAAACAGGGCAACCCGCAGCACUUGUCCCAGAGGGAGCUCAUCACCCCAGAGGCUGACCACGUGGAGGCCGCCAUCCUCGAGGAAGAUGAGGGUCUGGAGAUAGAGGAGCCGAGCGGCCUGGGGCUGAUGGUGGGUGGCCCCGACCCUGACCUGCUCACCUGUGGCCAGUGUCAGAUGAACUUCCCCCUGGGGGACAUCCUGGUUUUUAUAGAGCACAAGAAGAAGCAGUGUGGCGGCGGCCUGGGUGCCUGCUACGGCAAAGGCCUGGACCAGGGCAGCCCGCCACCCUCGCGCCCCGAGCCCAGGAAGGUGUCGGAGCCGGUAGAGAUCGGGAUCCAGGUCACGCCCGAUGAAGACGACCACUUGCUCUCGCCCACGAAAGGCAUCUGCCCCAAGCAGGAGAACAUUGCAGGGCCAUGCAGGCCUGCCCAGCUGCCAGCGAUGGCCCCCAUAGCUGCCUCCUCCCACCCUCACACAUCCGUGAUCACUCCACCUCUGCGCGCCCUGGGCGCUCUCCCGCCCUGCUUCCCGCUGCCCUGCUGCAGCGCACGCCCGGUCUCGGGCGACGGGACUCAGGGUGAGGGUCAGACGGAGGCUCCCUUUGGAUGCCAGUGUCAGUUGUCAGGUAAAGAUGAGCCUUCCAGCUACAUUUGCACAACAUGCAAGCAGCCCUUCAACAGCGCGUGGUUCCUGCUGCAGCACGCGCAGAACACGCAUGGCUUCCGGAUCUACCUGGAGCCCGGGCCGGCCAGCAGCUCACUCACGCCCCGGCUCACCAUCCCGCCGCCGCUGGGGCCCGAGGCUGUGGCACAGUCCCCACUCAUGAAUUUCCUGGGCGACAGCAGCCCCUUCAACCUGCUGCGCAUGACGGGCCCCAUCCUGCGGGACCACCCGGGCUUUGGUGAGGGCCGCCUGCCCGGUACGCCGCCGCUCUUCAGCCCGCCGCCACGCCACCACCUGGACCCGCACCGCCUCAGUGCCGAGGAGAUGGGGCUCGUCGCCCAGCACCCCAGUGCCUUUGACCGAGUCAUGCGCCUGAACCCCAUGGCCAUCGACUCACCUGCCAUGGACUUCUCGCGGCGGCUUCGCGAGCUGGCAGGCAACAGUUCCACGCCGCCACCCGUGUCGCCAGGCCGCGGCAACCCUAUGCACCGGCUCCUGAACCCUUUCCAGCCCAGCCCCAAGUCCCCUUUCCUGAGCACGCCGCCGCUGCCCGCCAUGCCCCCUGGCAGCACCCCUCCGCCACAGCCCCCGGCCAAGAGCAAGUCGUGCGAAUUCUGCGGCAAGACCUUCAAGUUCCAGAGCAAUCUCAUCGUGCACCGGCGCAGCCACACGGGCGAGAAGCCCUACAAGUGUCAGCUGUGCGACCACGCGUGCUCGCAGGCGAGCAAGCUCAAGCGCCACAUGAAGACGCACAUGCACAAGGCCGGCUCCCUGGCUGGUCGCUCCGACGACGGACUCUCGGCCGCCAGCUCCCCGGAGCCUGGCACCAGCGAGCUGGCCGGCGAGGGCCUCAAGGCRUCCGACGGCGACUUCCGCCACCACGAGAGCGACCCGUCACUGGGCCACGAGCCCGAGGAGGAGGACGAGGAAGAGGAGGAGGAAGAGGAGGAGCUGCUGCUGGAGAACGAGAGCCGACCAGAGUCGAGCUUCAGCAUGGACUCGGAGCUGAGCCGCAACCGCGAGAACGGUGGCGGUGUGGCCGGGGUGCCCGGCGCGGGGGGCGGCGUGGGCGGUGCGGCCAAGGCUCUGGCCGACGAGAAGGCGCUGGUGCUGGGCAAGGUCAUGGAGAACGUGGGCCUGGGCGCGCUGCCCCAGUACAGCGAGCUGCUGGCCGACAAGCAGAAGCGUGGCGCCUUCCUGAAACGUACGGCUGCUGGUGACACGGGCGACGAAGACGACGCGGGAGGCUGCGGUGAUGCGGGUGCGGGUGGCGCGGUGAACGGGCGGGGCGGUGGCUUCGCGCCCGGCGCUGAGCCUUUCCCUGGCCUCUUUCCCCGCAAGCCGGCACCGCUGCCCAGCCCCGGGCUCAACAGCGCGGCCAAGCGCAUCAAGGUGGAGAAGGACCUGGAGCUGCCCCCCGCCGCGCUCAUCCCGUCGGAGAACGUGUACUCGCAGUGGCUCGUGGGCUAUGCGGCGUCGCGGCACUUCAUGAAGGACCCGUUCCUGGGCUUCACGGACGCGCGCCAGUCGCCCUUCGCCACGUCCUCUGAGCACUCGUCCGAGAACGGCAGCCUGCGCUUCUCCACGCCCCCCGGGGACCUGCUGGACGGCGGCCUGUCGGGCCGUAGUGGCACCGCCAGCGGGGGCAGCACGCCGCAUCUGGGCGGCCCGGGCCCUGGGCGGCCCAGCUCCAAGGAGGGCCGCCGCAGCGACACGUGCGAGUACUGCGGCAAGGUGUUCAAGAACUGCAGCAACCUGACGGUGCACCGGCGGAGCCACACCGGCGAGCGGCCUUACAAGUGCGAGCUGUGCAACUACGCGUGCGCGCAGAGCAGCAAGCUCACGCGCCACAUGAAGACGCACGGGCAGAUCGGCAAGGAGGUGUACCGCUGCGACAUCUGCCAGAUGCCCUUCAGCGUCUACAGCACCCUGGAGAAACACAUGAAAAAGUGGCAUGGCGAGCACUUGCUGACUAACGACGUCAAAAUCGAGCAGGCCGAGAGGAGCUAA